AUGCACGCUAGAGAUUGGUUAUUAGUACUUAUUGGAUUUUUCAUUCCUCCAAUUCCUGUUUUAAUUAAGAGAGGGUUCUUCUCUGCAGAUUUUUGGAUCAAUAUUCUUCUUUGUAUUUUAGGAUUCAUCCCAGGAUUGUUACAUUCUUAUUACAUUAUUCUGUUGUACCCAUACCGUGAGACAUAUGCACGCUUAGGUGGAGAUGGACAUGACAAUAGGGUUAACGACUACGGCUCCACCCAUUAG